CAUAGCGCAAAACCCCCAACCCCACCUGCGCAUCCUCCCCGUCCCCGUCGCAAUCGCAACUCCCCCCGCCGGCGCACGCUACCUAGGUCACGCCACGCCACCUCUCCCCCCGGCUCCGACGAUGUCGGCGCCCUCCGAUGCCGCAGCGGCAGUAGCCGCGCCCGCGCCCACGACGACCGCCGCCGCCUCCUCCAGCGGCGGCUUCACCUUCAAGCUCCACCCGCUCGUCAUCGUGAACGUCUCCGACCACCACACCCGCGUCAAGGCCCAGGCCGCCUGCUCCGGGGACAGCUCCUCCUCCUCGUCUGCGGCGGGGUCCGGGCAGCCGCCGAGGGUGUUCGGGUGCGUGAUCGGGGUGCAGCGCGGGCGGACCGUGGAGAUCUUCAACAGCUUCGAGCUCGUGCUCGACCCCGUCUCCGGCACCCUCGACCGCGCCUUCCUCGAGAAGAAGCAGGAGCUCUAUAAGAAGGUGUUCCCCGACUUUUACGUGCUUGGUUGGUACUCCACUGGAAGUGAUGUGCACGAGACCGACAUGCAAAUCCACAAAGCCUUGAUGGAUGUUAACGAAAGCCCUGUUUAUCUUCUAUUAAAUCCUACAAUCAACCUCUCCCAGAAGGAUCUCCCUGUGACUAUCUAUGAGAGUGAGUUGCAUGUCAUCGAUGGGAGUCCUCAGCUCAUUUUUGUAAGAUCCAAUUAUACAAUUGAGACUGUAGAGGCUGAGAGGAUAUCUGUCGACCAUGUUGCCCAUCUCAAACCUUCUGAUGGUGGCUCAGCAGCAACUCAGUUGGCUGCUCAUCUUACAGGAAUACACAGUGCCAUCAAGAUGCUCAAUAGCAGGGUCCGUGUUAUCCAUCAGUAUCUUGUUGCCAUGCAAAAAGGUGACAUUCCAGUGGAUAAUUCACUGCUUAGGCAAGUCUCAAGCCUCGUAAGAAGGCUACCAGCUAUGGAGUCACAGAAAUUCCAAGAUGACUUCUUAAUGGAAUACAACGACACUCUCCUCAUGACUUACUUGGCAAUGUUCACUAACUGUUCAAGCACAAUGAACGAGUUGGUCGAGAAGAUCAACACAAGCUAUGAAAGACCGACUGCCAGGAGAGGAGGCCGAGGUGCUUUCAUGUAGCUCACCUGCCGUGAUCCUGCUGCUGCUUUCAUCUGUGGAGAUUUUUGGAAAUAGCUUAUGUUCCUGAGGCAUUUUUUUGGCAUGCAAUCUAUUAUGCGCAAUCGUCUAUACGGCAGCUCUGAGUCACUUAAAACUUUCUAGGCAAAAAAUGAUGAUUUGCUCGAACUGUAUCACAUCCCACUUGUGCUGAAGUUGAUCUGUAAAGUUUCUCUCCCUAGUUAUUCUAUUUGACUGGCAAAUGGAUAUUGAUCCUGGUUUGCGUCA